CAAAUAGAUAACUUUUAAAAUGGAAAACAACUUUGCACCAGACUGCUUAAGUCCAUUAAUAGAGAAGGAGCUGGGUUCUAUCAAUAACCCGAUAUCACCAGAUCCAAAGUUUAUCUUUCCUCUUCCUUCUUUAGACGAAGAAGAGUGCUUUAAUACUAGUUUUAGCUAUCUUGAGGGAUUCGGUAAGGACGAACAGAAGGUAGAGGAAGAAGAUUCCAUCCCAAAGUCUGACCAAGAUGUUUGUUUCAGUGAGGAAGAAGACAAAGCUGCUCUUAACUUGAAGCCAAAUUUGCCUUCCGACGAUGACCCUGAAACUAAGAUCGUAAUUCGGAUGGCCAGUUUAGCUAAGGGUCUCCCAGAGCCAAACAUUUCAGGAAUUUCUGUGGUGAAGCCUAAGCCCAAGGCCCAGCCUAAACUUUCUGAAAAGAAAGCUAAGGUGGGUAGGCCAAGAGGGGCUAAGAAACCCAAAAAGAAAAUCCAGGUGAUUAACUCUCACAAUCUCAAACGCCAUGAUGUUGUUCUUAAAAGCAUUCUGAGAAGAAUGAGAAGGCAUCUAUACCAAGAGUUUUUGCUGGUGACUAAGUUUAGAAAGACUGAGAAGCAACCGAAAGUGAGAAUGACUAACCUCAUAAACUGAGCUAACUCGAUGGUUAACCAAAUGGAGUUCCCUAUCCUACCUGGCAACUUCUCGUUUUAUUAUCUUGCUCUUUCUUGUCCGGGAGAACUUAGAAAAUUAUUAAAUGAUACGGAGGUAGACCCGAUCCACAAAGCUACUAUAAAUCAAGCUUCUUCUAUUGUAAGCUUGAUUGAGAGUGUUCUCAAUAGGUUCUCCAAGAAAAUUUUCACCCAUUUCAUGGAGAUCCCUGAAAUCUCAGCCCUCGUCCAAUAUUACUUGAGUAGCGAGGAUUAUAUGGAAGAUUAUGAGGGCUUUGAGCCUUGCAUUAACCUUCUUGACGAGAAAUCUAAGGAAGUUAUCAGUGCUUAUGCAGAUAACCCAGAAGCAUUUUCUCUUAAUCCUUAUUGGAUGAAGGAGCCUUUCCACAUUUUUAGAAGCUAGGCUCUUG